AAGAAAGAAAGAAAGAGAAAGGGGAAGGAGGGGAAGAGAAAAAGAGGGAGGAAGGAAAGAAGGAAAGAAGGAAAGACAUUCUACAGUUUCUUCACUUGAGCCCCAGAGUGCUGAGCAAUGGGAUUGAUCCUCCUGGGUGCAGCGUGGGUCGCUUUGGGGAUCCUGGGGUCAGCAGCUUCCCCAACAGCAGAGGCCCCAUGGCUUGUUCUCCCCAGAGACGCAGCUCGCCUGGCAGUGGAAGAUUACAACCACAGGAGCCCCACACCACCCUCUGUCUUCAGGCUCUUCAAACUCAGAAGCACCCACAAGACGAGGCUGGAAUGGGGCAUCCACUUCAGCCUGCACUUCACCAUCAAAGAGACGCAUUGUCAGAAAACAGCCGGAUACAGGAUCGGAGAUUGCAGAUACAAGCCGAACGGACUGAUCCAAGAUUGUUCUGCAGAAGUAUCCUUUCUCAACCUGAUGUGGGAUUCCCCAGUGACCUCCAUGAAGUGCGGGCAGGCGAAGUGGAAGAAAACCAAACCACAUGCCAGCCCCCCGCAAGCAAUGGGGUUCCCCCCCCAAGUAAACGUGGAACAUUACAUCCCGGCGUCCUACUCUGUUGCAGCUCUGACGGUCACUGAGGAAGAAUAACAGCUGGACUGUCCCUGGAUGGCUCUCUGAGGCUGGAUCCCUGGAUCCAGGGGUGGAGGGGUCCACACGCUCGUACUAAAGAGGAUUUUUCCCCCCGGCCCCAUUUCCAGAGGGAAUGGGGUUUUUUAAAUGGCUGCAAAAACUUGUGCAAUUCUAAUUUUGUGGCAAGUGCCAUUUCUGUGAUGAUUUUAUGGAUCCCUCACGUGGCCUUUGCUGGCGGGAGAUUUCAGCUCCCUGGAAUUCAUCGGCUCCCGUGUCAAAGCUUCUUGCAGCUGCUCUCCAUGCAUGUUCAACCGAGUUGCAAGCUUUGCGAGCCAAGGAGCUGCUGAGGAUCUGCUAUGGGGGUGUGUGUGUGAAAAUGGAGAGGCACCCUCUGGAAAUCAUGGUCUUCCCUCCCAUUUCCUCAUUGUGGGUCUGCAAGGGAGUCAAAAAAGUCAAGAUUUAUGUUGUCCAGGGGUGUCUGCAGGGACGGGAGG